GAUUUCGAAACCCUAAUCGAUAUCGAGGUCAAGAUCAAACCAACUCUGCUAAUCUCUGAGAUUGAAGAGCAAGUUUAUGAUUUUUUUUUCUUAAAUGGUUUCAAGUCUUGAAUAGUUGAAUGAUGGAGCCUCCUACUACAACUGAGGCAGCUGAGGCUGCUAUAUUGGUCUAUUGGGACAUGAAGAUGUGUCCGCUUCCCGAUGGCUAUGAUGCUAGUCGUGUGGGUCAGAUUAUUGAACGGAAGUUGAGGCAGUUCGGCUACAAUGGUCCUAUCACCAUCACUGCCGUUGGCAUACUAGAUGGUGUCCCUGAACGCGCCCUUGAAGCGCUCCUUUCCUCGGGAAUCUCUCUUUAUAACGCCCCCUACGGUACCAAAGACGUGGCAAGGCUUGCCUUGUGGUCUCGUUACGAUUUUCCACCUCCAGGUAAUCUGAUGGUCAUAUCCCGUCUACCAGAGGCCGCUGUCAUUCUUGACUCUCUAAGUAAGAGAGGAUACAACACCAUUUCCCCCUUUCCACUCGCCUAUUCUCAUCCAGAAGAUGAUGCAAAGGACCUCUGGGAAAACUUUCUUCUGGCAGAUACAUGGCCACUUGAAGAGGAUAAGUGCACUAAAACGGGUCAGUCCUGGGUCUGCGGUGUGUGCGAUGAUGAUAUUCCUGGCAGAGGCUUUCAAGAUUUCAUCACGCAUCUCUCUACUCAAAAACAUAAACUCGAGUUUUGUUUGCCUAAUUUUGACGCACAUGUCAUCUUUUUCCACUGGAUGUGCUUUUGGUUUUCAAGCAGUUUCCGCUCUGGCAUUCUUAUGAACCCGACGAACCCGACCAGCUUGGUUUUAAAAGCGCGCUACUGGCGCGCAAUGGCGCAUAGCGCACCGAGCCUCGAAGAAGAGGCCAACAAGACAUGGAGGCAAGGCGAGAUCUAUGAUGCGCGCGCUCAUGGCCGAUGCACGAGGCGGUCAAGGCGAGCGCCUCUUGUGUUCAGGCGAAAACUCUUCGAGACCAGCGGGUUUUCACGAAGAAGAUGACUAGAUGGAAUAGGAUGAACCAUUUUACAAACCUAUCAGGUUGAUACAUGGUUUAAUUGAAGUGGUUUGGUAGACUAAACCGACUUGAAAGUUUAACCAUGUGUUACCAUUAGUUUAUCAAACCAAAUCAAUCCUCGGGUUAUCU